UUCACUCAGCCGGGUGUUCAUUUCAAUCUGCAGUACAAUAUCCUCAAGUCCGAACCCUUGGAUGAGAGUCACUUGCCAGAGGAUGAUUUUUUUUUUUUGCGUCUCUCUGUUUUUUUUAUACUUCCUUCUUGGGCAGAAGGGUGGUGUAAUAGAAACCAGACACGAGCCAGCAUGUGAGACAUCCAUCCACAGCAGCGAGACCUCACUUCUUCUCAGAGUAGGAUAACAGGAUUAGAAAUAAAUUCCAGACAAGGAAAUUAGGCCUCUAGUUUUUAGUUAAUCUGCAUGUUAAUAAAACAGAAAAAGCAAGUGCAUUAGGAUGGAAGGUGGAUCAGGCUGUGUAGAAAAAAAUAAGGAGGGAAAAGGACCACUCCAAAAAGGGAAACGCAUGUGCAACUUUUUCAGAUUGUAGUUAAAAGUCUGUAGGAGCAACAUGAGCUGGAGCUUUCUCACCCGCCUCCUGGAAGAGAUCCACAACCACUCCACAUUUGUGGGGAAAGUGUGGCUCACUGUGCUCAUCAUCUUUCGCAUUGUACUCACAGCCGUCGGAGGCGAGUCCAUCUACUCCGAUGAACAGACCAAGUUCACCUGCAACACCAAGCAGCCGGGCUGCGACAAUGUGUGCUAUGAUGCCUUUGCCCCCCUCUCGCAUGUUCGGUUCUGGGUCUUCCAGAUAAUCAUGAUCUCCACUCCCUCCAUCAUGUACAUGGGCUAUGCCAUCCACAAGAUAGCCCGAUCUUCAGAGAAUGAGCGCAGGAAGCAUCAAAGACUCCGCAGGAGGCCACCUCCUCACACAAGAUGGAGAGAAAGCCAACAUCUUGAGGGAGUCCUGGAGGAGGAGGAAGAUGAUGAUGCUGAGCCGAUGAUCUAUGAGGAAGCACUGGAGGUCCAAGAGGCCAAGGUACAGCCUGUGAACAGCACUAGCAAAGAGCCACCAAAACACGAUGGCCGCAAAAAAAUCCUGCAACAAGGCCUGAUGAGAAUCUAUGUUCUUCAGCUCAUGUCACGAGCUAUUUUUGAAAUUGCUUUCCUGGCUGGACAGUAUCUCUUGUAUGGAUUUCGAGUUAAUCCCUCUUAUGUGUGCAACAGGGUACCCUGUCCACACAGGGUGGACUGUUUUAUCUCCAGGCCUACAGAAAAAACAAUCUUUCUCCUCAUUAUGUAUGUGGUGAGCUGUCUCUGUCUCGUGUUAAAUGUGUGCGAGAUGCUUCAUUUGGGAAUCGGCACAUUUCGGGACACUCUUCACAUGAAGAAGAACCGUGGCCGACAUCCCGCGUCCUAUGGCUAUCCAUUUUCACGAAACAUUACAUCCUCCCCGCCUGGGUACAAUCUCGUGAUGAAAACAGACAAACCCAGCAGGGUCCCCAACAGCCUCAUCCCCCACGAGCAGAACAUGGCCAACGUAGCCCAAGAGCAGCAGUGCACCAGUCCGGACGAGAACAUCCCCUCCGACCUUGCAAGCCUGCACCGGCACCUGAGGGUGGCGCAGGAGCAGCUGGACAUGGCCUUUCAAACGUAUCAGACCAAAAACACCCAGCAGACCUCCAGAACAAGUAGCCCUGUUUCUGGGGGCACAGUGGCGGAACAAAAUCGUGUCAAUAUGGUCCAAGAGAAGCAAGGAGCGAGGCCAAGAUCAGCCACAGACAAGGCCGCGACCAUCGUGAAAAAUGUAAAGACCUCUGUAUGGAUAUAAAGAUUCAUCUAUUCUAGGGAACUGACAUUAAAAAUAAAUCAUCCUGAACUCCAGAGCUGUAAAGGAUGAAGAGAUGUAACUAUGAACAGCAACAACUUAGAUUUGAAUCACACUAAUUAAAGACGUAGGGACACUGAAGGUCUGGUCUUCGGAAAUAAAACAAAAAACAAGAACACACAGAGAUCCAACUCAAUAUAAUUUACAGUAGUAGUAGAUGUCGGUAAUAGUUAACAAAAUAUACCUGCUUAGUAUAGCAUCUUUAAUUCCAGCUUAAUUACUUUGCAAACUUUUAAUUUAAUUUUUCAUCACUGAAACUGAAAGGGAUUCAUUUAGAUAAAGUGAGCUUUUGUAGUGGAAAAGGGAAAGUAAAGCAUUUGAAUUGCACUAGGAAACUUUUUGUUUUACAUAUACUAUUAUUGAUAGAGAGAUGCAUGUUUUACAUUUAGAUAAAUAUUUUUGGAUGUAGAAGCAAUUUAAAUAGAACUAUUUUAAUAAUGACAAGAGAAGCAGUGAAUUAUUUUCUGGGAACAAUUUGCACAGAGUGAUGAUCUUCAGGCAUUGUGUGCAAAGGCCUUGUCUGUGUGUUAUAGUUUUUAAAACAGCUUUGCUCUGUCACAUAAAAGUAGUGAAAACAAACUAAUUGUAACAAUAGUUUUUACUAAAUAGUAUUAUCCUGCGAGAAAACUAUACAGUAUUUACAGCUGGGAACUUUAAACAGAUGCAGACUAUAGUAGAAAUCCCAUCAUUAUCCUUUAAGAAACUGUUAUCCUAUGUUCAGAUGGGUUAAGUUUUUCGUUUUUCUCUGUUACUGAAAUUAUUGAGCAAUAGGGAAUCCUGCUUUUACUGCUUUCAAAUAUCAAAGUGCCUCAAACGCUUAAAGACUGUUUUAGUAUUAUCUUCAUGGCUGGGUUAUUUAAUUUCAAAACUUCCUGUUGUGAAGAAACGCUCUGCUUCAGUGACAUAUACUCCAAAUAAGGGCAUGUCUUAAGGAACACAAACUCUCCAAUCUAAACUCUGAACUUUGAAGAAAGUUAGCCUGUUAAAAUGCUGUAAUAGCAAAAAGCGUUUUAGACGCCUUAGAAAUCUUUAAGGCGUCUUAGAAAUCAUUCAGACGCCUUAGAAAUCUUUAAUAAAAUAUUUUAUCUGAAAAUAAUUACAUCAAAUGUCACUCGUUGUAAAUAUUUAAAAAAGCUACUUGUACAAUUGUAAACUGUUUUUCAUUAUCGGAAAAGCAAAUGCAAACGAUAGGUAGUAACAGAGAUAACUUUAAAGCUGCAUAUUGUAAGCAAUAAAACCUGGUAAGAAUUAUAUACUAAUUACAUCAAAUUAUGACAGCAUAUUUCCCAUCAAAUUAUUUUGAUUUACUCACAUAAAUGUCAACAAUGUUUUCAAAAACCAAAUGCCAAAAUCUUUCUUUUUGUGUAUAGUCAGUGGGAUUUCAAAAAGAGAGUUUUUUUGUCCAUUCUUCAGAUAAAGAUAAAGUGUAAAAUUGUGCUGAUUUUCCUUUUAUAUAAAAGAAAUAAAGGGACUGAAAUAUUG